AUGUCCGACGCUCUCGUGUGGCAAGUCAUCCGCAACAACAACGCUUUCCUCAGAACCCAGCGUGGAAUCGGAAAGAGAUUCUCCACUGAGAAGUUCAACCUCAAGAAGGUGAACAGUCCAAAGUACAGUGGACUUGCUAACAAGCACGCCCUCGACGUCAGCGCCGGAGCCAAGGGAGUCGUUGUCUCCACCAAGAACGAGAAGGGAAGACCAGCCAAGGCCGUCACCACCUCUACCUUGAGCAAGACCCCAGUCUCCUCUGUCCGCUCUUUGGCUAAGAACUCUGGAUUCAGCAAGUUCCAAAAGCUUGCUCAACGUCGUGCCGCCGCUAUCGUCCGCUCCCAGGUCAAGAAGGCUAAGGUCCCAAAGACUGAUGCUUAA